UUUCUCUUUCUCUCUUCUCAUUCACAUUCGUCUCAUUCCCGACAUUCCUGUGCGAGCAGCUUGUGCACUGUUGCCAGUUGCCACAGUUUUAGUUUAAAGAAUUGUUUAUUGGGUUAGAAUGAGGCCUGAGGGCAGUGAGGGCGGUGUUAGUGGAUCAUCACGCUACGCAUGUCGUGGUUUUUGUUUCGGUUCUACCUUUUCGAUCAUCAAAACAUUGGUUCCUUCCUUUGUUGCUGAUCGUUGCGUCCUCAGACUCAGAGGCUCACCACAUCAGAAAGAAAGAGCUUCUUCUGGACUGCAGGAAGAGCGGCCAGCAGAUCAAGGAAAUCUGGUAUACGUUCUCAGCUGCUCGACGGACGAGACCGGGGAGCAAUAAUCGGGCGAAACGGGCGGAAUUUAAUAAUAUUUUUGUGACGAAAGUAUUUGGCAUGCGCGCAUUCAUGUUCCUCGGUUUGCGGCGCCGCGAUCGGAGGCGGCGAAUCUCACCCGCUCGCCAGUCGCCCUUCCGCCUCGACGCAGUCAACACAGCUCCCGCACCCUCUGAAGCAUCACGUGUGCUCCAUAUAAAAAAUAAAAACAAAUCGUGCGUUACUCCAGUUCGCCAACUCUGUGACUCUUGAAAGAAAAGUAGUGCCGAGCGGCCAUUCUUGAAGCGCCCAGCAGAUCACUCGCAACGCGCACCAUCAAAGGUCAAAGGCAUUCAGUCAGUUGAAGAGGCUGUGUGUCAGCUGCGCGCAGGGGAAUGAACUAGCUGAGCCGAAUUCUUGGACCACAUUGCAAAAAUUUCGACAUGUGCCACCACCUGAGUGCGUCUGAGCGGCACGCCUGGCGAUGAGCAAAUCGACAGUCAUGAGAAAGUGGCGAGAGCGGGGCUUGCGGAAAGGAUGCGAAUUAGCCCUCGCCAAUGUGGGUCUGUUGAUUUUAUUGAUGGGCGCCGGGGCACGGACGCAGCAGCUGGCGCUGGAAGAACAGGCGGCUGGUGGGCAGCAGGCUGCUCCCAAGCCGCUUACCCUUAUGUCAGGUAACUCAUCGCUGGCCGAGUGGCACAGCGUUGAGGUGGAAUCGAUGCUGUUGGCCAAGGGCAGUGCCGGCGCCACGACGGCCGCAGACGCCUCGUCAGAGGAGGUCUUUUCGACGAGUACUGCGGAGCCGGUGCGAAUCACCCAGCCGCCGCUGAAAAGACCGUCAUUCCUGGACCACGCUCAUUUGCACCCGCCCGACGGCCAGCGGCGCUACGGACCUUAUUUUGAGGACGGUCUCGGCCCAUUCAACGUGACAGCGCGAGUGGGCUCGACUGUGCUGCUCGACUGUCGCAUCGGCAUGCUCCAGGACAAGACGGUUACCUGGAUCCAGCGCAAGGAGGACUCGAUUCAUUUGCUGACAGUCGGAAAGCAGGCUUACAGCAACGACGCCCGCUUCAGCCUCAAUUUCCGCUACCCUAAUAACUGGCGUUUGCAAAUUUUGUUCGUGAGCCGCCGUGACGAGGCCACUUACGAGUGCCAGGUCGCCACCCACCCACCCAGGGUGCUCCAGGUCAAACUUCGAGUCAGCGCUCCGGAACUGCACAUCCUGGACGAGCACGGCCACGCCGUGUGGGAUCGUUACUACAAGGUAGGCAGCAGGGUGGAAUUGCUGUGUGAAGCCUCGAGGGUGCAGGAAUCGCCAUCGACAGUAGAGUGGAGGCAGGCUGGCGUGUCCCUUGCCGCAGUGGCGAAAAACCACUCUCGCCCCGAACUGAGCGUCACCUCUGGUACCCUGGUGGGCAAGGACACGGUGCGAACGGUGCUGACUUUGCAGCGCGCCCGCAAGGAGGACUCGGGCAAUUACACUUGUGUUGUGGCCGACAUCGCAGAGGCGACAGUCACCGUGCACAUCUUGAAUGGAGAACUUCCUGCGGCAGUGCAGCACGGGACUUCCGGUCAAGCGCCAGUGACUCCGCUGCUUGGCGUCCUUGUCAUACUGUCACACCUCGUGGUCACAUGCCAGUCCAGGUGACGUCUCGUGGGACUCGAAGAUCGAAUCAUCCACGGUCGAGGCUAAAAAGGAGCGAGAGCAGGAGACAGAGUAGCAAAUAUGAACAUGUGCAAACCCCUCAACCGGAGUGAGUGUGUGCGAUGGGAUCAAAGAAAAAGGAGAGAUUUACAGGUGCCAAAUUAACUUUGAGCGCCGGAGAGACUCAAGCGUUUUUUAUACACUGGUGCAGAGACAAGAUGAUGGUGUUUGAGAAAAAAAGAAGAGUUAUAUUUCAAUAGUCAUAUCAACCAAAUUAAUAUACUUAUUUUCGGACAUGUUGAGACAAUGGCAGCCAAUUAAGUUGUGUUUUUGAUAAUGGGGGAAAAGUGAGAAGUCGACGAAGAGAUGGUUUUAACACAUAGUGAGCCGUGAUAAGGAUUGCUAAAUUGUGCGUGGCAAAUAAAUGCUGGAUUGUGAAAAAAAGUAUCAAUUUACGCUAAGCUGCAAAGAUUCUAUGUUAAAUUUACCUGUUUAUCAUAUAUAAAAUGAUAGAUUGGGAUUGUAUCAAUGUGUUGUUUCAAAAAAUAAAGAAAGGUAAA